AUGGUUGUGCUCAAACUCGUUCUCGAUGCCUUUCUCCUUGCUGUCGCGACAACAGCUCAGCAAAUACCACUCAAUGGCGAACAACCCAACGAGAAAUGGACACAGUUUCACCAUCCUAUCCGUCGUGUUGCAGUAAUCGGCGCGGGGCCAGCGGGUCUUCAGGCUGCUGCUAAGCUUAUCGAGCAUAACUUCGAGGUUAGAUUGUUCGAUCGAUCUCCAUCCCCUGGAGGAAACUGGUUCUACACGGACGAAACCCCUGUCAGAGAGCCCUACCCCGAUAAGCCAGUCAACGAAGUCCCUGACGUUCCUCAACAACUUCCUGCGGUUCACUACUAUAAGGAUGGCGAAGAUGGUAUCAGCCUCGAAGAUCGCUGGAAAGAGCAUUGGCAGCCGCGUCCGCUUUGGGACUCCCUGCACACUAACUCGCCAGCUGUAAUCACCGAACUUCCUGGAGUCCCAUAUUCGGCCGCGCAGCCCUGGGUUCUGUCCAACCACGUGAUACAGGCCCAUGUUCGGGCCUAUGCGUCGCUGCACAACCUCAACGCAAAUGACGAUACAAAUGUUACCUCCUACGCGACGCGGGCAGAGAGUCUAGAGAAAAUCAAGGAAACACAAACUUGGCGACUCACUCUCCGGAAACUUGAGCGUAUACCGGAGAUUAAGAGCAUCAAGGCGACUUGGUGGACUGAGGAAUUCGAUGCUAUCGUUUCAGCCACUGGUCCAUAUGUCGCACCGCAUGUGCCGACGAUCGACGGAAUUGAUAACUGGAGUCGCGCUAUCCGUGAUGAUGAUGGCUAUAGCAUCUACCAUUCUCAGUCAUACAGGAGACCUCAGAGGUAUCAGAACAAGACUAUUCUUAUUGUUGGGGCUUCUGUGUCGGCUUCUGAGAUUGCUCGAGAUAUUGCACCAUUCACCAAGACCCUCUACACAAGCAUCAGGGUUAGCAGCCACAUUUUCCAUGACAAAUUACUCACUAAUUCUCAGCCUCACGCCAAACUCUCGCCAUUCCAGCUUCGAAGUCGUCUCCGAUUCCCUGAAAUUGCCACCGUUGUUCCCGAAAUCAAGAGUUUCGAGCCACUUGUCGAUCACAAGAAGGGCAUAAAAGACGGCAAGAUUCACCUUGUCAACGGCUCGGUGUUGACCGGAAUCGAUGAGAUAAUUUUGGCCACUGGAUACAUUAGAUCAAAAACCUUCGGCCCCAACUUAACGGCGGACGGUCAACCUGAGGAUUUACACUGGACGGGCCAUUGGAUUCCCGAUCCAACGCUUGCCUUCACUAAUGUCCGCUCAUGGACGAUUGGCAAGUACCAGUCAUAUGCUUUUGCCAAGGUUUGGGAAGGCACCGCUCAUCUUCCUCCCCAAUGGGAGAUGCAGAAAGAUUACGACGACAGAAAGUACCAGUUCAGAGGCCUCUUCAGUAGUCCACAGGCAGAAGCGUUGUUCCGACAAUACGUUGCAUGGCUAAACAACGAAUCGCUCGAGAACGGCGGUCGAUUCGUGGAGCCCUGGCCAUUAGAGAAUCGCGAAAUUUUUGCGUAUUAUUCGGAGGUGGAGUGGAUCAAAGGGUAUACUGGACUGAGGAACUUCACGGACUUCGAGAAUUUGCCCCAGAGUGAGUGGCCUAGUGGUCACGCAGCCGCAUGGGAAUCAAUCGUGUUUGAGGAAGAGGGUUGGUAG